CGCGGGUAUCAGCUAGUGUUACAAUGAACGUGUUUGUUCAAAGAGAACGGUCGCCGGUGCUAACUGGAAAACCCUAAAAGAGGUCCAGAAAAGGCACUCAGCGCGGACAAUGCCGGGAGCUGGUGCUGUGAAGAACUUCCACAAAUAAUUCAUGACGCGUUUCCUUGUAGUUACAAUUGCUUGAGAUAAUAUGUAAAAUAGGUCCCCCCUUGUUUCCUGUUCUGGGAAAUAUUUUAUCAGUGUGGUUUAGUUUGAAACAGUUAAAGUUUCAUCACCGAGUUUGGCAAAGAUGGUCACAGAAGUAUGGCAGCUUGCUCGGGUUGAGACUGGGCUUUGUCAACAUCCUGGUUGUAUCUGGUAAUAAAAAUGUCAAGGAAGUGUUGAGCAGGGAGGUGUUCGACGGAAGGCCGAGUGGAUUCUUCUAUAUGAUGAGAUCUUUCGGAAAGAAGCUUGGGAUCGUGUUCUCCGACGGAGCAACUUGGACCAAAACAAGACGAGCUGUCAUAAAGGCUCUGAAGAACUUCAGUCAUGGCUCGAGCUCUAUGGAGAACAAUAUCGGCGAGGAAGUCAUAGCCCUGAUCGAAGUUAUCAAAGAAAAUGUUGGAAAGCCAAUCAUAGUAAAUGACAUGUUCGAUGUGGCGAUCGUGAACAUUGUUUGGAAGCUGGUGGCAGGAAAGAGAUACGACCUGAAGGAUGGGAAGCUACGGCGCCUCUGUGAUCUGAUAACGCGAUCAUUUAAAGUGGUAAACAUGAGCGGCGGUUUGCUUACUUUUAUGCCUUUCCUAAGACACGUCAUUCCGAACCUGAUCGGAUACAAUGAGCUUCGUGCAAUCCAUAAUGGUAUUUACAAGUUCAUAAGUGAAACCAUUGAUUACCACAAGGCAACGCUUGAUACCAAAAAUCCAAGAGACGUAAUCGACAAGUUGCUAAUUGAUACGUUGGAGAAACAAAGCGAAACGUUUACAGAUGAAGAGCUGCAAGUGACAUGCCGAGAUCUGUUGGAGGCAGGUGUCGAAACAGUCAGCAAUACAAUAGUGUUCAUGCUGCUAUAUUUGGUUCGAGCGCCGGAGGUACGGACACGACUGCAAGAUGAAAUCGACAGAGUAGUCGGAACGACACGAUUGCCUUCACUGAGUGAUCGGUCGAGGAUGGUGUACACGGAAGCCGUGAUACUUGAAACACUCCGGAUAUCGAGCGUGGCUGCGGUUGGCAUUCCGCACAUGGCGUUACAGGACGCUACAUUGGGAGAAUAUGUCAUACCAAAGGGGACGUUCGUGUUGCUCGCUAUACACGACCUCCAUAAUGGCUGCCAUUGGAACAACCCACACGAAUUCAGGCCAGAACGGUUUCUUACAAAGGAAGGAAAUUUGAUACAAAGUGAUUGGCUCAUGCCUUUUGGAUAUGGUAAACGGCGAUGCAUCGGUGAGGGCUUAGCCAGAUCAGAGCUGUUUCUAUUCACCACUUACCUGUUGCAAAGAUUUCACUUGAAGAUACCAGAAGAGGAUCCCCUGCCGAGCACUGAACCCCACGAUGGAGUCACGCUGUCAGCCAGAAAGUUCAGAGUAAUUUUCCAACGGCGUCAUAGUUGUAUGUAAUUAUGACUUGAUGAAUGUAACUAUGUAAGUUACUAAAAAGGUUGUACAUAAUUGUUUUAUACAAUAAACUUUUAAUGUUAAGGAUACCAAUAGGAUCUCUUUAAAAUUAGGUCGAGGGGAAACCGAGGGGGCCGAUCCCUGACGCCUGCUAUAUGUUAACUACAGAGUUUAGCAUAUUUUUAAACUUAGAGACAAAUUUUAACAUAGUGACUGACCGCGGUUGUUGGAUAUACACAUCAACGUUAUCUAAGAAUAUACAUAAGUAAAUUUUCAGAAAAUUU